CGGCUCCUUACGGGAGCAUUGUAGGGUCUUCGGCUAGACCGAAAAUCUACGUAAGGCAGGUCUGUAAGUGUGAGCAAGCUGCUGUGUGCACAACCCAGUGUGUUGUCGGGAGUCGUCUAGCAAUGUUUCCGUUGUAGGAGGAAGCCAGGAUUUUCGUACAGGACUUCGUGAGUGCGUAGUUGUUGUUGGUAAAGCCACGGAUACCACCAGGUUUGGGCUACAGUUGAAAGGUCUGGCACCAUGAGUCGGCUGUUGUUGGGUAUCGCGGUGGUGUUUCUCGGGUCCGUGUGCUGGGAGGUGUGGUGUUGUAACGAGGCCUUGUGCGCGCCUGACGUCAGCAGGUGUCUCCUGUUGGAGACCUGUAACUGCAAACCCACGGAGGACAACUGCACGUGCUGCCAGGACUGCUUCAAGUGUCUGCACAGGCUAUGGGACGAGUGCUGCGACUGCGUCGCCAUGUGUAAGAAAAACCACACCAGGGCCGCAGCAUCCUCCAAGAGCUCCAUCUCGGACCUGACGGACCCGAUCCCGUCGCUGUUCAAGGCUCUGACGGACCCGUCUCAGGACACGCACCUGAAGUGGACCAUCAUGCGCAUACCUGCAGACGGAGACACCCCUGCCAUCUCCGCACACCACUUCUUCCACGUCAAGGAGAAACUACAGCAAGGCGAAGAUGUUUUGCUUGAAGAUCAGCUAAUCGACAAAUCCCUGCCGGACCUUCCCGUCCUGACUCCCCCGCACCACAACGGCACCCAGGACCUCUGUACCGUCGUGUUCUUCGACGACUGCAUGUCGGACGACAAGUGCAAGAUGUCGUGCGAGUCCAUGGGCGCGUCGCGCUACCGGUGGUUCCAUAACGGGUGCUGCCAGUGCAUCGGGCCCGACUGUAAAAACUACGGGCUCAACAAGGUCAAGUGCUCGAACUGUAUGAGCGACUUCUGAAGAAGACAUUU